UCUUCCGCUGUACUUCCGGGUGGACUGUCAUGGCGGCGCCCUGCUGUAGCUGAAGCCCACAGACUCAGGCGAGACAAACAGCCCGUCUGGAAGACUAACCCUCCGCCAUGAAGUUGAAAACCCUGAUGACGUGGAACCUGCGGGUGUCCGCGGUCUACGCCGUCGGUAUCUGGACCAUGCUCGGGUCCUACUCGUACUACAGGUACAUGCGACCCAAGGACGACACGCCAGAGGUUCUUCAACAGCCACGGGAUCCGAACGAGCACGUGCACGAGACGGCCCACUCCAAAACGGUCAUCAUCUACAAGAAAGACUUUGUCCCGUACACCACGAGGAUCUACAACUUCCUCCGACCCGUCAGCGGGGAACCCGGGAGCGGAGACGGCGACAAGUGACCACGUCUACGCCACUUUUUUAUUAUCAACUAUGAACGGAUGCUUUCGUGUGAGGAGAUCCUCUUUAUUUAUAGAAUUCAAUUCUAUGACUGAGGUAACGUGUAAAUAAACAGAGUCUCCUCGUCUUGUGAGAUGCUGUUAUAAAUGCUAUGUGCUGCUAAAGACAUGAGCAAUGUUUGUGGGGUUAACUCUGCGUCAGGGCGGAUUCAUCCAUCUCUGGGAAAUACACAAAGAGCACCAUUGUGUUUGCAGGCCACGUACCCAUUGAUGCAACAACGCGCUGAACCCCAUCGUCAUGUUGUUAAACUCACACUUGGGUUGUUGUAUCAACUCUCACUGUUUGUUAUUACAUUGACGUAGUAUUUCAAGUCAGAUGCUUUACUGAAGUGAGGGAUGAAAUACCACUCUGUAAAGAAUAACUCCAUUAUAAGUGAAGGGCCUUCAAAACUUUUACAAAAGUAUAAUGAGCUUAGUCAAGUAUUUUCCCUGAACCCUAAAGCCAGUGAGCCCCAUACACUCUGAACCCAGAGGGACUGAGCUGGACUAAGGGGCGAUUGUAAACGUAUGAUGUACAAUUGAAGGAAUUUUUAAAACACCUACUUGCAGGCUUAUGCCAUUUGAAUUUCAAAUAUUGUUUUUACAGUUCAUCAUCCAAACUGACAAUUAAAUAUUUGAGUAAUAAAUGAGUAAAUAUCUGA